AUGUCAAAACCACCCAGGUUGAUCCUGCUUUUCAUUUGCUCGCUUUUUCUGUUUACGGGAGCCUCCCAAGGCGAGACUUGUUACAGCUACAGUGGAUUAGCAUGGCCUAAUCAGAAGGUAUGCGAGGGUUCCAGCGCUUGCUGCGGAGUAAAGGACGAUUGCAUGCCGAACCGACUAUGCAAAAGUCAAGACCUUCGGGAUAAUAUCUUGGUCCGAGGACCUUGUCUAUCAACUCCGUGGGACAGGAGCAAUUGCGCACAAACUUGCGUAUUCAAUGAGACAACUAUUAACACGGGCUUCGUCACCGACGUUUUCCCAAGAGUGGAAGACUGUGGCAACAGCACCUACUGCUGCAUGCAGGGUAGUGAGUCGUGUUGCGACUCCUCGGCAAGAAAAGUGUUUCUCGAUGAUAACGGAGUUUUGCUCUCUGCUGCUCCCAGCCAAACGACUUCGUCGAGUGUGGUUAGUUCCACAGAAGCAACUUUGACCACUGCGAGUUCCUCCCAAACGUUAUCCACAACUGUUACUUCAGAACCCACACAAGAUCCCGUCGAUGGGUCCGACUCUGGAGCCAACGAAGCGCUCGCACUAAAAGUUGGACUAGGGGUUGGAAUUCCAUUUGCUGCGAUGGUCGUGGGAUUGGCUACCUGGCUGAUUACCAGAAAGCUGCGUAAGAAGGACAGUAAUGCCUCUGAGCAGGUUGCUCCCACCUCAUACGGCCCUGAUGAAGGACACGGCGGAUAUGCCAAAGGAUCGACAUAUCGAAGCAGUCCGUACGUAUCCUACCGGAGCUCGAGUCCCGCGGGAUUGAAUGAGAUGCAUGAGAUGCCGGGGAGGCCAGACGAAGGCUGGGAUGGGACUCCACGCGAACUUGCUGGCUCCGAGUUACGGGGCGGAAGGAAUCACUAA